GUCUAGCUUCUGGCCUUGUUAUCAUUCCUCGUCUUGAAAUGCUAAUGCACUACCAUUGCGACUCAAGCAAUUAGUUCACCCGACUAAACACCGCUAAAAAUCGAUACGCUGCGGUUGUCGUUGACAGUAAGGCAGCUAGUCGGUUGUGAGCAACGCUAUGCAACGGAAGGUUGUCGUGGUCGCCCUGCGCGUGCAUUGUUUGUACGUAUAGGCAUAGGUAGGUCUACAAUCGUCUGAAUGCAAAAUCUUUUGGAAUCUCUAAAUACCAUAUUGAGCUGCUCCAAUAAAAAGUUGGCUUUAACCAUGAUGGAACAGGAACUUUCUUGCCCGGUUUGCCGGGGUCUUUACAAUGCUCCGAUCAUGUUGCCAUGUGCUCACAAUAUCUGCCUGAAUUGUGCUCACACGUUGCAAGCAAACGGCCCGGCGCAAGGCAGUCACCACCACGUACACGCUCACCCGGAGUACCUGGAGUACGGCGAAGUGGACCGGCUGAGUGAAGCAGACAGCGGGGUGGGUUUCUCGGGCUACGCGGCAAGUGCCGCUAGCUCGUCCUCAAAUAGCUCAAGUGCCAGCGGCACCGGUGGCUACCCUUCCCUACAUGUAGAUUCCCUCCGAAUAAUCUGUCCCCAGUGCCACCGAUCCAUUUACCUGGAUGAAACUGGAGUAACGAGCCUGCCCAGGAACAGAGUUUUGGAAGCAAUUGUUGCUCGGUACGCGGGCCAAGCCAAAAACGCCGUGGUCAAGUGUGAACUUUGCGAAGGCAAUGCUUCGGAUGCGAGUGUUUAUUGCGAGCAGUGUGAGGUGUUCUACUGUUCAGCAUGCCGUGAAAAUUGCCAUCCUGCCCGCGGACCGCUGGCUAAGCAUAGCCUCAUCCCACCUGUCAAGGGGAAGAUCAAGGCAAGGGCUAAGGCUCAGGGCCAGCAGGCCGGUAAGCCUUCAACCUGCUCGGAGCAUAGUGAGGAGAAUCUCAGUAUGUACUGUAUUCUGUGUAAGCUGCCUGUUUGUUACCUGUGUCUGAAUGAAGGAAAGCACGUCAAUCAUGAAGUCAAGGCGCUUGGAGCAAUGGCAAAAACACAAAAGGCGGAGCUUUCACAGACUCUGACAUCGUUGACAGAGAAAGCGAGACAAGCCAAGGAUUUUCUAGUCCAUCUUAAAGAUAAGGUCAACCAAGUCCAGGAGUGCACGGUGGAGUUCGAAGCCAGUCUGGUGGCCAAGUUUGACGAGCUGAUCGAAGCACUGAAGAAACGAAAGGAGAUGCUGAUUCGUCAGGCGUCGGAAAUCAGAAAGAACACCGCCCAAGCAGAGGCCUUUAGAAACGUGGUCCAGAGGGAGCGCGAGUUUAAGACCAAGAUGAUCAAGAAUCACAUCGGGCAGUGCAGCUGCAAGCUGAAGCAGACGACCGGCCUGCUGGAGUAUGCCAUAGAAGUCAUGAAGGAGCAGGAUCCUGCUGCCUUCCUUAUGGUCUCUGGUGCUUUGAUCAACCGCGUCCGUCACACCGAGGUCUCCUGGAAGAAGGAGAUGAUCUUGGAGCAUCGAGUGGAUGCCGAGUUUGAUUUGACUCUGGACAGCGGGCCGGUGCUCAGAGCCAUCGAGCGCCUCAGUUUCAAAGAGAUGAAAGUGCCUGAUCCACCAAUCAUCAUCACGGAAAACUGCAGCGCCGAGAACAACAGCGUGACGCUAGCCUGGCAGCCACACCCAUCCAGCUGGGUGGAAGGCUAUGUGCUGGAACUUGAUGACGGAAACAAUGGCGAGUUCAGGGAGGUGUAUUAUGGAAGAGAAACAAUGUGCACUGUCGAUGGUCUCCACUUUGACACUACCUACAAUGCCCGAAUCAAGGCUUACAAUCACGCUGGAGAAGGAGACUACAGCGAGGGGAUUUGUCUACAGACAGCAGAAGUGGCUUGGUUUCAGCCUGACCCACGCACUGCCCACCCAGACAUCAUCUUCACCAACGACAACAUGACGCUGACCUGCAACACCUACGACGAGCGCAUCGCGCUGGGCAACGUGGGCUUCUCCAAAGGCGUCCACUACUGGGAGAUCACCAUCGACCGUUACGACAACCAUCCCGACCCGGCCUUUGGCGUGGCGCGCUACAACACGGCCAGGGACAUGAUGCUGGGCAAGGACGACAAGUCCUGGUCCAUGUACGUGGACAACAAUCGCAGCUGGUUCAUCCACAACAACGCACACGCUGACCGGACCGAGGGCGGCAUUGACGUGGGGUCGGUGGUCGGCGUCCUGCUGGACCUGAACAAGCAGACGCUCAGAUUCUACAUCAACGACUGUAAGCAGGGACCCGUGGCAUUCACUGGUCUGACAGGCGUCUUCUACCCAGCAGUCAGCCUGAAUCGUAACACUCAGGUGACUUUUCACCCCGGGUUGGAAAUCCCAGCUGACUGUGAUUAGUAGCCGAGCCGCAUAGGUGAGCUCGCCAAGCUUGGAUGUAAACCCUUUGGUGCACAAAUUAUUUGGCCUAGAUGCACAGAUUGUAACAUUUCUGUGGCAGUCACAAGCGACCUCCCUGUGCACCAAAGGGUUGGACAUUUUGUCUGUUACUUGUUUGUUACAUUGGUCAGCAGUUAAUUGACUCAAUUGGUCAGUUUUAUAUGUGCUUACGACUGAGCAACAGUUGAAUUUGUUAGUAUUUAUUUUCCUGCCUACAAGCUUAUUACUGUGUAGCACCUCACAGAUAUAAAAGUAUAACAUCUAACAUUUUACACAAUAAUCAAAUUUUUAAAGAUCAGCUUCAGUAUUUGACUAGUAGAAUCCACUCGCUUAUUGUGAUGUUUAACCAGUUCACGUCAGGAUUAUUUUGACAAGAACGGAACGAGGCGCAGGAUUUAUUUUCAUUCGACCUCAAGCCAGGCGGGUUGAAGCCAUCACCCUCGGGCAGCACACUCAUAUUUCCAGCCUUGCUCGCUGCGAGCGGGUCGCUGACAGAUAUUUCUGGCCUCGCUCGCUGCGUGUUUAUCGUCAUUCGUUGCGAAUAGCGCAAAACUUUGCGUGUAUACGUGGCCUCCGGCAUGAACUGGUUAACAAGUCAUCCACUGUUCAACCAACAGACUCUACUUAUUUUAUUACUUGGCUACUGUUGCUCAUGAACUGCUCUCUGAAUAUCGACCAAUGAAAAAGAAGCAGUAAACAGAACAAAGCUAGUCUGAUUGGUCAAGGGCCUCUUACUAUUUGAUGUUCUUUGUUGCAUUAUAAUGACUGGGCAAUUUAUUUCUGUAUGAAAAACACGGUCAAAAUGGCACAGCAAAAUGCACGGCUUGCCAUGCCAGCAGCUGUACUUAAGCAUGUGAAUUGUACUUUGCUUAGUUACUUACUACACAUGCAGUAUAUGUAGCUCAAGAAAGAUGUUGAAAUGUUAUUUUGGAUUUUGGCUUCUUUGCCCAGUUUCAUGUACAUUUAAGCAAGCAUACUAAUAUCUGACACAGAAAUAUUUGGGAAACCAUCCGAUAACUUGAUGUACUCAUGACAAGUGGCCCGUCACAAGUAUUAUUAUAGGUAAGGUUAACAAUGCCACAUUAGGCUCAUCGUUAGUGGGGGGUUUUGCGUACCAAUUAAUUAGAAUAAACUAAUUUUUAUGAAGUGGUUUAUGUGCAAGUUCAUUCAUAAUCAGUGAUGAAAGGAGAAAUGACUUGGUGCGAAGAGGAUCUUAAGUUUCCUUUUCAAGAUAUCUAAAGCAAGCUUAAGCUGCCUUUGCAUGCGUGCAUUUUUGUGUCUCUGUUUUUGUAUUUAGGCCUAAACUAUAUUGGCUCUGUGCGCAGACAAGAGAGGGCGCUCUUUUACCAGUUUUGAGAGCCCCGUGGAUGAAACACAUUCUGGUUGGCACGUGUAUAAUGCAAGGUAUGCGCGACUUACUUUUGUUCUCCCCCAACUCUCCCCUCCUUACCGUUGAGGGGGUACUUGUGCACGGAGCCCAUAGGCAUAUGCAAUGGACUGAAACACACACUGCAUGGAAAGGCAGCUUAUUACCUGAUGGUGUAAAUGUUGCACGCUCCAUAUGUUUGUAUUUACUACUUGCCUAGGAAAGGCGUAGUUUAUCCAAAGUGGUCAUCUUACGAAUUCUUAUAUAUUUUUAGCUCAAUACAUAUUGUACAGAUAUUUAUAAAAGCCGACAAGAGAAUUUUUGGCUACUUAUAGAAUUUUGAGACGAUUGCAGUAUUUAAUCUACUCGUGUGCUAAGUGUGCUCUGUGUUAUUUAAAAUGCUUAUCGGUUCUGUUUUAUUUGAAUUAGCUAGAACACUUGCCUGACAAAGUUUAUAGAUAAGCAUUAUUUGUGGGGCUAUUUUAAGAAACCUGUUAUGUAGUUUAGAAUUGCUUAUCUAAAUGUUUAGAUUAUAACUUCAUUUCUUUCAUCGGUUGAUAGAUACAGUCGACUCCUGUUAAUACAAACGCAACUGGACCUAGCCAAAAUGUUAGUUAUAUCAGAAUUUUGUAUUAAGAGGACCGAUGGUCACAUUCAUUGUGCACAUUAAUUUAGUCGGGACCAAGACAUUUUGUUUGUUAUAACCAGAAUUUUUAUUAAUAGUGUUUGUAUUAACAAGAGUCGACUGCAAUCUGUUUUUACUCAUUUGUAUGAAUAAUCAUGGUAUUCAUAUAUAAUGUACGUCUUUCUGUGGAGCAGUACUGCAUUUCUUUCACUGAAAACUGUAAGUAUUGUUCUGCUAUAACAUAGAAUUAGUGUAAAAAAAAGGAAUCAAAUGUAUGUUUAAUUUAAAGCUAUUCUUAGUACUGAUUGAUAUAUAACUCAUGCUUUUAUUCCUUAGGAAUAUCGUUGCUACAUUUAGGUUGCUACGGUAUUAAACACUCUGUGAGUGGAUUGAAUGAAUUGAAGGCACAGUCACCAAAGUUAUGAGUAGUUUGAAGUUAGGUCCGUAUUGUAUUCACUGUCUAAAUUCAAAAUUGAUCACUUAGUCAUUUCAUGUGAACGUCUUGGUACCAGACACUCACUAGUCUAGUCACAGACUCCCGUGUUAGAAUUUACCCACUUGUUAUCUGCAUGAAUAUUUCAGUGCAACCUCGAACCCACUACACAUACCAAAAACGAAAUGUUUUUCUCUGCACUGUAAUGGGGACAUGUACUUAAAUGCUGCAGACUUUGUGUAAAAGAUGACAUUUAAGGGAAAAGUUGUGCACUAAAAUGUUAAAGCAAAUCUUGUUUCUCAAUUUUUUUUUCCCAAAAAAUAUUCAAUAUUGUAUACCAGUACGGUUUUUUGUACCUUACAUAUAUAUGCAAUAAUAUCAAUACCUUUAUAAAAGUUCAGCAUUUCAUUUCAUUUUUGAAAUAGCUUGGUAAUUGGUGGGGUAUUUUUGUAUGCCGUGUUGGUCAUUAAAACCACAAAGUGUUCUCAGAAACACUUUUUGAGUUUUGGUAUUGUAACUUCAAGUAUGAUUCAAGAAUAACCGAUAUAUCGUCUUCCCAAGAUUGAUGUUUGUGGAGCAAUUAUGGGAAGGUAUAGCAUUUUGUAACAAUGAGUAUGCAAUUUUGAAAUAGGUAGUUUGGCAAAAAAGCUUUUGAAUGUAGCAACAUUUGUGUACAACGCGUAAUGUUUUUUGUUGUCAUUCUAGCCACCGAGAAUUCCUAUGAAAAUGCUGUUCCACAAUUUAGUCUAGCCUGUAUUUUGGUUGUUUUGGUGUGACAAUUAUCCGCUUCAAGUUUUGUUAUUUUGGUCUAUUGACGGAAUAAGAGGCCAUUUCAGAAAUGCGCUGCGCAAAGUUUGCUUGAAACGGCAAAUAAUAGAGAAUGCAUCACGAACCUUUGAGUAUCUGCCUUCUCAACGUGUAUCCCAAAUGAACCGAUUUUUGCAAGUUUCUGAAGCAUUUCUUACUCAUGGCCCAACAUUUUUGUAGCAAUGCAAAAGUUUUGAAAUGAGAAAAUUGAUCAAAAACUACGGCCAUUCAAUCAAUCUCAAUCAAUCUUACUUUAUUUACCACAUAAUACAAAACAAAUAUGCCAAGAAAAUCAUAAGAUCACAAUAACGUGGAUGGGGGUCUCUAAAUAGCAAAGCUUGUCGAGUAGUGACCCCAUUUUCAGUUUUGGAAUAUUACCUAACACAUUUCGAUUUUUUUGCGGCCCCAAUUCGGGCGUGUCGUUUUGUGCUGUAUGGGCGCAAAAGCAACCCAGAAUAAAAGUUGUAUUUUCAGAACGUUAAAAUAUCCAAAAUAGAAGGAAAAAACCGAAAAAUAAUAAAACUUUAAAAAUACAGUUUGAAUUUUCAAUCGAAACUCUGUGAAGUUGACUUGUAUAUCCGGCAUUUAACUUUGUGCGUUCAGUAUUUUGAAGAAGAAAAAAUUCCCUGCAACAUUUUGCUCGACGUAAUAUCUAUUGUAACUUGACUAAAAACAAGCGAAGUUUGGAAGCGUUUCACGCUUUGAUUGUUGGGCUAAAAAGUGUACCCACAGAUUUACCGUUAUGCACACGUUUUGCUGAUGGAUUCUCUUAUUCAGAAAUGCAGUAUUUGUGAUUGUUAAUCAACACUCCUCCGUAUGAAUAGGUAGACAAUCGUCAAUUCAACCAUUGGUUUUUAUACGAAUCAUACAUAAUGGCAAUACAUUGUAUGUAUUAAAUGAAAUGAAUGUGACUGCA